AUGGCCCAAAACAAGAUUCUCUAUUCUGCAAAGCUCGACGAGAACAUGCGAAGAUCAGCCUACUUCAAGACGAACAAGAGAACCGUCAAAUCAAACAUCAUGCUGAAGUUUGUGAUGAAGGCAAUGGAUAUCAAGCUUCGGGGUGAAGCCGGUUUCACGACUACUCUUGAAGAUCCAAUUGAACUCUUGAAAUGUACUGAACAAUUCAUGAAGAAGAGUGCUGAUGCUGAGUAUGAUUUCUUGGAUUUCUGGGAAGCAAAUCAAAAGUUCUUUGCUAUGAAGCAAGGAACAACAGAAAAUUUGAUGCAUUUCAAGGAACGAUUCUUGAGACAGGCUGAAGUCCUGCAAGAUCUAUAUGGCGUGGCCUGGUUCCGAAAUUUUGCAGUCAAGACAAAAGCGUAUGCUGCUAUUGCUAGCACCAAUACUGCUGCUCAAAACAAGUUCAAGGAUGAUAUCUUUGAAGCCGUUCUUGCAACAGGAUUUCUGUGCAACUGCGAUCAAACGAGAACAGCUCCUCUGAUGAAAGCACAACGCAGCAGGCUGCAAAAGGCAAAGGCAGAUGACGAAUUCCGUUUGGCGUCUGCUGAAGUUGGUGCUCUCGGCCAUGCAGUCGCCAUGCAGCUGACGACAACAAGGAACUCGCAGGCAACAAAGUUGUGA